UCCUAGGUAAAAUAGUUCUGUAAUUUACUUUAAGAAGUAUCUAAAUACUUUUGUUGAAUUCAAUAUAACAUUAAACCCAAGAAGACUUAGAGUGUGAAUAUGAAUAUUACAAAAGUAGGCUUAUAUCACAUAAAUGAAACUAAUAGUCCUGUACAUGUUCUUCUGAGGCAAGACAGGUGGACCAUAAAUACAAGGGUACACAUAAAUACUUUAAUUCUCUCUUGGAGGCAAACACUGAAGGAGUAUGUGUGUUUACUUGUAAAAGCUGAACCACAUUUCCUGUUGUAAGAAAGAAGGUGAAAAAAAAAAGACUGGACGGAUUUGAGAUUAACAGCAACUCUAAAGACAGUUUCAUGCUGCCAGGUUCAAAACAAGAGUAUCCAACUUCUCCCAACAUAACUUGAUUUUCUGUUGGAUAAAGGAGAGGGGAGUAUUCCUAGAAGCAACAGAACCAGGCCACAAUACUGCUUCUGCUCCCUGGGAAAAGUGUUUGUAGGAAAAGAAAUAUGAAAUGGACACGAGAAGAAUGGAAACCAAUCACAUCAGAAAAGAUAAAAAAGACAGGAGAAGAAUGAGAAGAUUCUGAUUAUUUAGCAGGAGCAAAUGCAUUGCCACCCUUCCCUGGCCAGCAACAUGGAAAAGUACAUUCCUGUACUCCUUUAACUUGGCUUUAAUUAGGAAAACAAACAAAAUGUGAGCUUCCUGAGGGAAUCCAGUUACAGGAAUGGACUGCCAUUUUUCUGUCUGGGGAGUUUUGGCCUUCCUGAGUUUGGCUCUGCUUGUUUCAGUGACACUAAAUAUUGUACACUGUAUGAAAAAGAAGCAAGCCAAAAUGCAUAAAGACUAUGAAGAGAGUGAUCCAAGCUAUGAUGGCUAUCACACAGAAGAUUAUCCAGUUUAUGGCAAUCUCAAUCAAGAUAUUUUAGAAGAAUGUUGUUAUGAGCAGAUGAAGUCCCAGCCUCAAAGACCAGUUAAUCAGCUACAGGUGGAGUCUGCCAGUCAGAUGUGUUAUGCCUCACUUGAUCACAGUGUCAAGGGAAAAUGCAGAAAACCAAGGAGAAAGAAAGAUCCUUCAUUAGAGGAAAAUGAAGGAGAAGGAUCAUCUAAUCCCAUGGUGGCUUCCAAAGUUAGCAUUUACCUCAACAGUGUGCAGCUGGCUGCUGAAAACACAGAGAAUGUAGAAGCCAUUCACGAUGAUCCCGUCAGAUUAAUGGGCUUGAUUCAUAAUACAAAAGGGGAGAACUGAAUAUGUAAUGAACCAAAUAUGUAACCAUAAAGUGAGACUUGCUUUUUGGAGGGUCAAUGAUUGAUCAGAGAAAAUAUUCCAGAAAGCUGACAUACUAAACAGUGGUAUGAAAUGGCUAAGUUAAGUGUUCCAAACUGUCUGCCAAGCAUAUUUGUAGACUAAGCAAGACAUAGGUCCAGACUGCCACUCAGAUGGAUCUGCCCCUCUGAAGACUAUUUGAAAGAGUUGCAGAAGCUGGUAGCUCAGCAUUCACAUGGUAGUGAUUCCAGUAAGAAUUGAUCCUGUUUUAAACAAUCAUCAGCUUUCAAGCAGUCCUGAAAGACCCCCUUGUUGUCUAUACAGCUCUAGCAGAGUACAACUAUUCCAUAUUAACUUCAACACUUUUGAAAUGAGAUAGUGUUUCGUACUUGCACACUUCGUGAUUCGUUGUUUUACCAACUAAGAACUGAUCUGCUCUUCCACACUGUGAACUUUCUGACUGUGACUGGUCUAUGGUCAUGACUGGAGAAUAAUUUAAUAGCUGAUUUAAAGUAGUAAUUGUACAUUUCACGAGACUUAGCAGUAUCUUUGUGUAUCUUAGUUUCCUCUAACAAUACUAGAAUACAUCUCGAAUCUCAACUCCUCUACUAGUGUAAUAUUGUAUACAGCUGUAUUCAAGGUCCACAAAGAUUAUCACACCAUCUGUAACAAUAAAACUAGGAAGGAUUUCUUCCAAUUCCUAUUGGGUCUUCCAUUGCCAUCCUUAACUAUUUUACAAAAACAAGAGCUUUUCAUUUCCCCAAACCCUUCACUUACCCACUCUAUUAAACUCUUUAAAUGGUAAGUUUUGUCUUCAAAUAAAUGUGCAUACAGUAUCUGUUUCAUAUUAUAUUUUAUAUUCUGGGAGUCAUUAAGUAGUUGCAGCAGGAAAAAAUAAAGCAAGUUGAUGUAAUGUGUCUGCCUCUAGGUGUCAGACACUUCUGCCUUCUCACAAAAACAGGAUAUUGGAGCCUUUAAAAUCCACAGAGUAGUGGUAAGGAGCUUGCAGCUCUGAAGCACACAGAGCCCUAAAACUGUGUCAGGUCUGAGAGAUAAACCUGGAAACAAAAGGCCCAUAGUACAGAGAGCCAACACCUUCUAACAGUAGAAAUGGAUGGACACAUCAAGGGAUGAGAUGAAUUUAUGAAAAAAAAACCAAAAAAACCAAACAAUGGUUAAAUGCAACCUGUCGUUUCAAUCUGGUAACUAAUUUAAUGGAAAUGAGGUACCCACUUCUCUCGUUAAGUGUACAUGUAACAUUAGGUUCACUUCCAGGGAUUUAAGUACAUUUAGUUUCCUUUCUAUUCUCAGUCUUCAUUGUUUAGUCCAGCUGUAUGUUUAUUUUCAUCAGCUGUAUGCUAAUUUUCAUCAGCUGCUUUCCCUUGCAACAUAGUUUGUUCAAAGAACAUUUUUGUAAAUAUUCUCCAUAUAUAUCUAUACAUACUUGCUUUCCACAUUUAAUCACUGCCACCAAUAAAUUAUUGAUUGUGGCUCUCAGGAUGAUCUUUAAUAGCCUAUCAACUAUUUCCAAGGCAUUUGUAAUCCUGCCACAUUCACAUUUAGCUUUAUUUUUUUGGCUCUUUACCCUCCAUCUACUUAAAUAAGCAAUCAAACAACCUAUUUUUUUUUUAAACAAGUUUUGGGGUAGUUUUCAAAUGACUACUGAAUCCUUACAUAAAAAAGCAUGUUCAAUAUUGUUCCAUCUUCAAGACAUUAGAGAAAGACCUACAUAAACUAUCAUAUACUAGUUAAAUUUACAUAUAAAGCAAGUUUCAACUAAUUACAACAUAAGAAGAGUUGCUAGGUUCUAGGUUUAUGCUGUCUCAGUAACCCCAUCUGUUUUUCCACUGUUCCUUAAAAAAAUUUUUAUGGCAAAGAUAAGCAGUGUAAAGCUUUUUUUUAUUAAUGGGAAGCUUAGCAUUCAAGUACCAGUUCAAUGGAACAGUUAAGAAUGAAUAAACAAGAGGACAUAUGGUGGAAAAAGCAAUACUGUUUGGAAGGGUAGAAGAAUGGAACUCAAAACACAAGAGAUCUGGUAGCACCACUGACAUCUUUAUAAGUUGAGGCAGAUGUAUUCCAGCAGUAAUUACAGCAUUUGAUAAUCACUGCAGAUCCUGGCUAAACAUACCUGGUCUAGCAGUUGUUAGUAUCGUUAGGAGAAACAACAGACUUUUGUUUGUAUCACACUUUUUAAGAGUCUGCUGGCUCACAUGGUGUAGGAGGAUCAACCCUAAACACAGAAACUUUCUCCAUGUUUUGCUACUGCUAGCACCCAAAACAUGGCAUUGGUAUGAUCUUAUCUAGCAACACUUAAAGGUUUUCCAAGAAUGACCUCUUUAAAUUAUUUUAAAGUAAUCCACAAAGACAAUUUUGCUAUGUUGAAUAAACAUAGCAAUUGUUUAUUUUAAUAAUUUGCAUAUGUUGAAUAAACUUCCUUACCUGUCUGAGCUGCAUUGAAGUUGCUGUGUAGAAGUCAUACCUAGAUUCAGAACAGGUCCAAACCACAAUUCUAGUUAACUUCUAAAUUACUUUAAAACAGAAAACAAUUAACUAUGCAAUCUCUCAAUACUAGUGUAUCAAGAAAUACUGGGAAAUUACCUCAACAAAUCCAAGAGGAAAAUAUAUUCAUAAAAUAUAUUCCCUACAGUGCAUCUGUGUCUGGAAAAGGAAGAAAAAAGAGCCCCAAGAGCAUUUCUAAAAGACAGUAUUUUGCUGCUGUCAUGGAAAGAAACGUAAUAUCCAAAUUAUGAAGGAUGGAAUGUAUGUGCAGAGUUUGUAUUGCAGAGAAAACCUUACUUGAGCUGGCUUCUUGUCCUAUUCAAUAACAAUACUUAAGAUAACAAGAUUUUGGUUUUAAGAGCUAAAAUAAAACCCUCCUGUGUGUCUGGAAAUAAAUUAAAGCCAAAGAAAAUAAAUUUCUUCCUUUUCUGAAGCUCAGAAAGCUAACAAGGGGCAGCACUGUUAAAACAGCAAAUACCUGAUCUGACAUCACUAACACAAUCCCCUUGCCAAGAAAGGACACAGCAGUGAAAACCUGUGGGACUCUCAUACCUCAUUCUCAUGGAUUUGCUUGUGCAGGUAUACAAACUCCUCCUGAGAAUUCACAUAGGCAAAAUAAAAUGCUGAAGGCAGGUAUUUCUUCAGAACAGUUUUUUAUUCAGAACAUAUACUGUAUCAGGUACAAUUUUGUCAAAACACAGAAUGCAAUGCAUAGCAGAAUCAAGUCAUAGCAUAUAGCAGUGAUUUUUGGGUCUGUACUGAUGCAUCCAAAAAGCAUGAAUAGGCAGCAAUUUAGGUAAAUAAGCUUAUUCCUUAUUAUUAACACAGUAAGAAUCAAAGCUUAUAUCAACUUUGGUGAUCUACUUAGAAAAUGUUAACAUUAAGACAGCACAUAGCAGUGAAUUUGGAUCUGUUCUGAGACACUCAAAAACAUGAAUAAGCAGCAAUUUAGGUAAAUGAGCUUGUUCCUUAUUAUUAACCCAGUAAGAAUCAAAGCUUAUCAGCAAAUAAAAAGAAUACAGAUUACAUUCUGUUA